CCACCUCCCUACUGUGCGCCUGGCGCCCCCGCCCCCGCCCCGCGGGCUCAGCACGGGCCCAGAGUGGCCCUGCCCCAAGCGGGCGGCGCACCCCGAGCUGGCUGCGACGGGAGCGACCCCGCGGCACCUGGAGGGCGGGGGGGACCUUCCCGGCAGCCCCCGCGCGGCCCGCUCCCGCCCCCAUAGAGCUCUUCCGGGUCAGCCGGUCCCCCUGGCAACGGACAACUUCCGUCUCCGACCGGGCCGCGAUGGCGGGGCCGGGCGCCCAGCUGGUUUCUUCAUUUCCAGUGGCUAAAGAACCUCAGAAACCCCGUCCCAAAAAAGUGCCAGAGCUGCCAAUAUUGGAGAGAAGGAACUGGCUGAUCCACCUGCACUAUGUCCGCAAAGACUAUGACGCAUGUAAGAUGAUUAUCAAAGAACAACUCCAGGAGAGUCAUGGAAUGUGUGAAUACGCAGUCUACGUUCAAGCUUUGAUAUUUCGCCUGGAAGGGAAAAUCCAGGAAUCUCUAGAACUCUUCCAGACGUGUUCCAUUCUGAAUCCUCAAAGUGCUGACAACCUCAAGCAGGUGGCACGAUCACUGUUUCUUUUGGGGAAACACAAAGCAGCCAUUGAAGUGUACAAUGAAGCAGCUAAACUGAAUGAAAAGGACUGGGAGAUCAGCCACAAUCUGGGUGUGUGCUACAUGUACCUGAAGCAUUUCAACAAGGCACGAGACCAGCUGAACAAAGCCCUGCAGCUGAACAGACAUGAUCUGACAUACAUAAUGCUGGGAAAAAUUUACCUUCUGGAAGGGGAGACUGACAAAGCCAUAGAAGUCUAUAAGACAGCAGUGGAGUUUUCUCCAGAAAACACGGAGCUCCUUACAACAUUGGGGUUGCUGUAUUUGCAGCUUGGGGCUUAUCAGAAAGCAUUUGAACAUCUUGGAAAUGCACUUACAUAUGAUCCCAGCAACUAUAAGGCUAUCUUGGCAGCAGGCAGUAUGAUGCAGACCCAUGGAGACUUUGAUGUAGCACUCACCAAGUACAGGGUUGUAGCCUGCGCUGUGCCCGAAAGCCCCCCGCUAUGGAACAACAUUGGAAUGUGCUUCUUUGGCAAGAAGAAAUAUGUGGCGGCAAUCAGUUGCCUGAAGCGCGCUAACUACUUGGCUCCCUUUGAUUGGAAGAUUCUGUACAACUUGGGGUUGGUCCACCUGACAAUGCAGCAGUAUGCAUCUGCUUUCCACUUCCUAAGUGCUGCCAUCAACUUCCAGCCCAAGAUGGGGGAGCUCUACAUGCUGUUGGCAGUUGCUCUGACAAACCUUGAAGAUACUGAGAAUGCAAAGCGAUCUUAUGAGCAAGCCGUAGCAUUGGACCAGUGCAAUCCCCUGGUCAAUCUGAACUAUGCUGUCCUGCUCUAUAAUCAGGGGGAUAAGAAGGGAGCACUCUGCCAGUACCAGGAAAUGGAGAAGAAGGUCAAUGUACUGAAGGAGACCAGCACUCUGGACUUUGACCCUGAGAUGGUGGACAUGGCCCAGAAGAUGGGAGCUGCUCUGCAGGUGGGGGAGAGUCUGGUCUGGACUAAACCGAUUAAAGAUUCCAAAUCAAAGCAGCGAGCUGCAUCUGGCAAACCCUCCAGCACUCAGCAGCCUUUGGGCUCUAACCAAGCCCUGGGCCAAGCUAUGUCUUCAGCAGCUGGGUAUGGGAAGACUAUUCAGCUUUCUUCAGGUGUUGGCAUAUCAGCUCCCCUGGCCAAGCCCCCUUCACUGCCUCUGGAACCUGAACCAGGCUCAGAAACAGGCCCUGAAGAGACUACAGAGCCCCAAGAGCGAAGAAAAGAGAAGUGUAAGAGCAGACUGGCUGCAGAAUAGAACAUCAGCAGUGAACAGGCUACUGCUGGCCCUUUGGGAGCAAACUCAGCACAACAACUUGCUGACUGAAGUAGAGGGGAAGGGCAGCAGCCUCUAGCAUAGCCUGCAGUGCCUUCACCCCACUGAGAGCUUAGGCAAAAUGCAGCUGUAUGCUGGUAGUGACGUUAGCUUCUGCCCUGUGACGGUGGGUAUUUGCUGAACAGCACCCAGAGGAGGUUUCUAAGUAGUUACCACUAUUGCUGUUGUACUGCAUCAUGAAGGAACAGACAGAAAGGUCCUUUCUCUCCAUUGGGGACCAGCUGCUUUGUUAUUUUACACACAAGUCAGGUGUAAGCCACCCAGAGGGGUGCUGAAGUGCUGAGAUUGCCUCUCAUUGUGUUGUGUUGUCAACUACAGUGAUCCUGCAGCUUUUAAAGCAGCAGAUUGAAGCAAGUUCUCUCUUUAGGACACAGUGAGGAUCAAUCCCCUCUAGGAACUGAGCCUGGAGCCCCAUCAACAGCCAAGGAAGCUCUGCCACCUCCCUGUAGCAAGGGAAACACAAAGCUCCCAGCAUUCAGCAGUCUGACAUCCUGCAACAGGAGUUUGGACCAACAACUCCCUGAGAAUUCAGGCUGAUCACAGUUGAUAUCCGUUUGAGAUAUGCAAGAAGCUUCACCUUCUGUUGUAGCAGAGAAUUUACUUAAACAGCCACCUCCAGUCAGACCAGGGAACUGUUUUAUAUGGCUGGCACAAGUUUGAUGAAAUAAAGUUUGGCCAGAAAGAAAGUUUGAUGACCCUCAGGAUUUCGGGACCUGGGUGUGAGGAGGCAGCACGCAGUAGAACAGAGGCAUCUUGUAGAGCAUUCUAGGAGGUGGACUCUAGGUAGGAGGACUCUUCACUAGUAACAGACAUAAAGACCAUGUUUCUUUUCCACGCCACUCAAGAAGUAACCCUUAGAUCCUAGCCUUGGUAGUUACUAGUUUUCCAACUUCAGUUUGUCCCCAUCCUAAGCACACAAGCUUUGCAUAUUAAAGACCAAAAGGCAGCCAAGAUGUGUACACUUAAUAUCCCCACUUAGCCUUUCCAAUUUCAUUAACAACUGGAAGGCUUUGACAGGGGGCUCUUCAUAUAUGCUGGCCUUCUUGCUAACACAAGGUACAUGUACACAAGUUACUACAAGGUAAACUAAGAUGACCUUAAGUGUAUCAACUACCCUGUGGUAACUAUCUUAUGCAUAUGUUCUUACCCUGCAGGUAGCUCACUCCUCAGCAAAAGUGAGGUACCCUAUCCCCCACUUUCCAUAGGGAGAGAACAUGCAUACAGAUAGUUACAACAGAGUAGGUAACAUGCUUAAGUUCAGCUCCUGGCUUACGCUGUAGCCAAGGUAUUUGUGGACACAUACCCAGUCUCACAUUUGUCAUUCAGAUACAGUUUUGUUGUGGCUUCUCCUUUAGCUGGCAAAUGAGAGAGUACCCUGCUCUAAGUUAAAAAGCUUCACUUAGUGGAAAGAAAAAAUAAAUACUUUGAGGCGCAUUAGUGCCCAUCAGUUGUUAUAAUUUUGCUUAAUAGAAUCAGCCACAUAUUGGAGUCAAAUGCUAACAGCACUUUACUAUAGGCAUUUUCACUGCUUAUUAGCAUCUUUCUUUACAGAAUCAGCAUUUUAACCACAAUCUAUGCAUACAAGCUCUUCUUCUUGUUGGCUAUUAGAAUCAAUAUGCAAUGUACAGAGUAGUCCUAACACUAAACAGAUGAAACUCUGUGCAAGUUCUUGUUUUGUUUUUGAGGGUAGUUGUCUUUACUUUGCUACUGCUUGUUUGAUGGGACUAAUAACCAACAGACAUUAAUUUCUCUGCUUCGCUUAGGCAAUUCUAUUGUUGUGGUAAAUGCUUAGUACACAAGCUGAUAUAUUAACGUUUUCCCAUUCUAAAUCACACAUUGUUAUAUUUUUAUUACUCAGUGAAAGUAGUAUCCGUGUUCAAAAAUAGAGAUGGCAUCAUUGCCAUUCACUAGUUUAAUCUUACUGUUUAUCCUACUAAUGUGUCCUAACUUACUUGACUAACAUAAUUUGGCCCAGUGAAAGAUGCAGUUAGUGUGACUUGUGAAAUAAGGGUUUGCAUGCAGGUGCUGUGUUCAUAGUGUACUUGCUAACAAGUGAGCUGGCUACUGCUGCAAAGAAAAUGAAUAGUUACUGGGGUUUCCCUCCCACUUACAGUAAAAAUUUAAGUUCUUAAUGUCUUUCCCCAGUAGGCAUGGUAGCAGACCACGUGUUG